AUGGCUCCCCCGCGCCAGCGCACCACGGCUAUAGUCGACGACUCGAGGUCCGAAGCCUCCAGCGGCACGAGAGAAUACAAGAAUCCCCCCAAGAGCCGUAGACCGGCAGCAGCAGCCAAGGAUAAGGCUUCUGUGACUAGCGCGCCGGUCGAUCAGAUCGUGGAUGAUCAGCCUAGGCUUCCCUGGUCCGACCUCCCCCUCGAAAUCCUCCACUCAUACCGCCACGUCCACAAACUGCCCACCCCAAGCGCCUUCGCAAGCGACUACUCGCGCACCAUCCUUUCACAGGGUAUCGGUCUCCGCUCGCCGACUUCCCUCGCUGCCCGCCGCGCUCAAUCGUCCUCCUCUUCUUCCCACAAUCACAACCAUACCCACAACCACAGCCAUAGCCACCGGCAAGGCCGCAAUGGCGAGUCUGCUGACUCGCUGCGUCGCAUUGUCGGUCAGGAUCGUGUGAGCAAGGAUCAGUUUGCGCUGGUUGUUCGUAGACACUUUAAUAGUGCUGGUUUGUCGGAGCAGGAGACUAUUGCGCGUUUCUUGUAUACUCCGUAG